AUGAACGGCACCCAACAAGCUUCGGAGCCGCUUGCGCAACAGCCUCUGCAGCCCGCGGCUGCCAACGUCAACGCCAAUGCCAGCGCGAAUGCCAAUGGCAACUCGACGGUCGCCAAGAAGCGCAAGAAGGAGGGCUUGAAGCCCAUCAUCACCACCGAAACUCCUCAAACCCACCAAUUGUCUGCUGCCAUGCAGAACUCGCCUACUUCGACUUCGUCUGGCGACGACCCCGCCGAGAACACGGCCGACGAGGAAGAUUCCGAGGACUACUGCAAGGGCGGCUACCACCCCGUCCAGAUUGGCGAAAAGUUCAAGGACGGCAAAUACACAGUCGUGCGAAAGCUUGGAUGGGGUCACUUUUCCACCGUCUGGCUGUCCAGAGACAACACCUCUGGAAAGCACGUCGCUCUGAAAGUCGUCCGCUCUGCUGCCCACUACACCGAAACCGCUAUUGACGAAAUCAAACUCCUCAACAAGAUUGUCCAGGCCAAGCCCGACCACCCUGGCCGCAAACAUGUAGUCAGCCUCCUGGACUCUUUCGAACACAAGGGCCCCAACGGCACACACGUCUGCAUGGUUUUUGAGGUAUUGGGCGAGAACCUGUUGGGCCUAAUUAAGAAAUGGAACCACCGCGGCAUCCCCAUGCCCCUGGUCAAGCAGAUCACAAAGCAGGUUUUGCUGGGCCUCGACUAUCUCCACCGCGAAUGCGGCAUCAUUCACACCGACUUGAAGCCCGAGAAUGUCCUCAUCGAGAUUGGCGACGUCGAACAAAUCGUCAAAAAGGUCGUCAAGAGCGAGCCUAGCGACAAGGAAAACAACAGAAACGGCCGCAGGAGGAGACGGACUCUCAUCACGGGCAGUCAGCCGUUGCCCUCCCCCCUCAAUGCCAGCUUCAACCACAACAAUCUCUUCCCCUCCACGAACUCUCACACGAGCCUCGGUCAAAUGUUGCACGAAGGCAAAGGAUCCAAUGACUCUUCUCCCAAGCGCGACGCUGACCAGAAGACGCGCGAAAAGACGGCCGACCUCCUCACAAAAGAAGUUUCGGGUAUCUCCCUCGAUAAGACGAGCAGCUCACCAUCUUCCGGCGAGAAGCGCAAGGCCGAAGAUGCCCACGCUUUCGACAUCAUCAGCGUCAAGAUUGCGGACUUGGGUAACGCCUGCUGGACCAACCACCACUUUACCAACGAUAUCCAGACCAGGCAGUACAGGUCGCCGGAAGUUAUACUUGGGGCGAAAUGGGGCGCAAGUACUGAUGUGUGGAGUAUGGCGGCGAUGGUUUUUGAGUUGAUCACUGGUGACUACCUGUUCGACCCCCAAUCGGGAACCAAGUACGGCAAGGACGACGAUCACAUUGCGCAGAUCAUUGAGCUGCUGGGGCCUUUCCCCAAGUCGCUCUGUUUGUCUGGCAAGUGGUCACAAGAGAUCUUCAACCGCAAAGGCGAGUUGCGUAACAUUCAUCGCUUGCGACACUGGGCCUUGCCAGAUGUCCUGCGCGAGAAAUAUCACUUCAAGGAGGACGAGGCAAAGCGCAUUGCUGAUUUCCUGACUCCGAUGCUUGAGCUUGUCCCAGAGAAACGUGCCAACGCUGGUGGCAUGGCAGGACAUUUGUGGCUCGACGACACUCCCGGCAUGAAAGGCGUCCGAAUCAACGGACUAGAGGUGGGCAGCCGGGGAGAUGGCAUUGAUGGGUGGGCGACAGAGGUGCGGAAACGGUAG